AAUGUAUAAUCAUUCCAAUAUAUCGUACACAAAUUCAAAUAGUUUAAACAGAUAAGAAUUACAAGAGUUUAGAAACUAUGUACGUAAAGCUGCCUAAGCUAAAAUGGAUGGAACAGAAGACAAAUCAAGAUAAAUAGCAAAAACUUUUCAUUUAGAUCACAAAAAUUUAAUGUCAUUAAAUUAGAGUCCUUUAUAAAGUAAGAAAUUACAUGUAGAUCAUGAUAUAUCAUAACAUCAUCAUCUAGCAUCUUUAUCAGAUUGGAAGAAAUUUGAUAGAUCUACAUCAUAAAGUUUUGUCUCCUUUGAUGCCAAUACUUGGAAAGAAGAUCAAAAUAGUAUGAGAUAAAGAAAGCUGUAAACACCAUCUUUGAAUGCAGCUGAUUUGAUCAAAGUCAAUAGAACACUUUCAGGAUUGAGUACAAAAGAAAUCUAAAACUUAAGUGGUCAAUAUUAUCAUUAGAUUUAAGAAUUAGAACACACGGUAAGUUCGAUGUUGAGAAGAAUAGAUUAUAUAUAAGCUUCCAAAUCCAAUUAUUGAAC